UUCCGGGGCGCGGGUGACGCAGGUUCCGCCUGCUCUUCCCGCUGAGAAGCCGGGGUCGUCAGUGGUCUUUUUGGCCUUCGGCCGGCCGCGGCUUCCGUCCCGUCCCUUCCCGGCCCCUGGUCGUCACCGGCGCCAUGAACAAGAAGAAGAAGCCGUUCUUGGGCAUGCCCGCGCCGCUCGGCUACGUGCCGGGGCUGGGCCGGGGUGCCACUGGCUUUACCACCCGGUCAGACAUUGGGCCCGCCCGCGAUGCAAAUGAUCCUGUGGAUGACCGCCAUGCGCCCCCAGGCAAGAGGACCGUCGGGGACCAAAUGAAGAAAAGCCAGGCUGCGGAUGAUGAUGACGAGGAUCUGAAUGACACCAACUAUGAUGAGUUUAAUGGCUAUGCUGGGAGCCUCUUCUCAAGUGGGCCCUAUGAAAAGGAUGAUGAGGAAGCAGAUGCUAUUUAUGCAGCUCUGGAUAAAAGGAUGGAUGAAAGAAGAAAAGAAAGAAGGGAGCAAAGGGAGAAAGAAGAAAUUGAGAAAUACCGAAUGGAACGCCCCAAAAUCCAACAGCAGUUCUCAGAUCUCAAAAGGAAGUUGGCAGAAGUCACCGAAGAAGAGUGGCUGAGCAUCCCUGAGGUUGGCGAUGCCAGAAACAAACGUCAGCGGCACCCACGCUAUGAGAAGCUGACUCCUGUUCCUGACAGUUUCUUUGCCAAACAUCUACAGACUGGGGAGAACCAUACUUCAGUGGAUCCCCGGCAAACUCAAUUUGGAGGUCUUAACACACCCUAUCCAGGCGGGCUGAACACUCCAUACCCAGGUGGAAUGACACCUGGAUUGAUGACACCUGGCACAGGUGAACUGGACAUGAGGAAGAUAGGACAAGCAAGGAACACGCUGAUGGACAUGAGGCUGAGCCAGGUGUCUGACUCGGUGAGUGGACAGACGGUAGUUGACCCCAAAGGCUAUCUGACAGAUUUAAACUCCAUGAUCCCAACCCACGGAGGGGAUAUCAAUGACAUCAAGAAGGCACGGCUGCUCCUUAAGUCUGUUCGGGAGACUAACCCUCAUCACCCUCCGGCCUGGAUUGCGUCAGCCCGCCUGGAAGAAGUCACCGGGAAGCUGCAGGUAGCACGAAACCUUAUCAUGAAGGGGACAGAGAUGUGCCCCAAGAGUGAAGAUGUCUGGCUAGAAGCAGCCAGGUUGCAGCCUGGGGACACAGCCAAAGCUGUGGUAGCCCAAGCUGUCCGUCACCUCCCACAGUCUGUUAGGAUUUACAUCAGAGCAGCAGAGCUGGAAACAGACAUUCGUGCCAAGAAGCGGGUUCUCCGGAAAGCCCUUGAACAUGUUCCAAACUCUGUUCGCUUGUGGAAGGCGGCCGUUGAGCUGGAGGAGCCUGAAGAUGCUCGAAUCAUGCUCAGCCGAGCUGUGGAGUGCUGCCCCACCAGUGUGGAGCUCUGGCUUGCUCUGGCACGGCUAGAGACCUAUGAAAAUGCCCGCAAGGUCUUGAAUAAGGCGCGUGAGAACAUCCCUACAGACCGGCACAUCUGGAUCACGGCUGCCAAGCUGGAGGAAGCCAAUGGGAACACACAGAUGGUAGAGAAGAUCAUUGACCGAGCCAUCACCUCACUGCGGGCCAAUGGCGUGGAGAUCAACCGCGAGCAGUGGAUCCAGGAUGCCGAGGAGUGUGACAAGGCUGGGAGUGUGGCCACCUGCCAGGCUGUGAUGCGUGCUGUGAUUGGCAUUGGGAUUGAGGAGGAAGAUCGGAAGCACACGUGGAUGGAAGAUGCUGACAGUUGUGUGGCCCAUAACGCCCUGGAGUGUGCACGCGCCAUCUAUGCCUACGCCCUGCAAGUGUUCCCCAGCAAGAAGAGCGUGUGGCUGCGAGCUGCGUACUUCGAGAAGAACCACGGCACCAGGGAGUCCCUGGAAGCACUGCUGCAGAGGGCCGUGGCCCAUUGCCCCAAAGCGGAGGUUCUGUGGCUUAUGGGCGCCAAGUCCAAGUGGCUGGCAGGGGACGUGCCUGCGGCGAGGAGCAUCCUGGCUCUGGCCUUCCAGGCCAACCCCAACAGCGAGGAGAUCUGGUUGGCCGCUGUGAAGCUGGAGUCAGAGAACAACGAGUAUGAGCGAGCCCGGCGGCUGCUGGCCAAGGCGCGGAGCAGUGCGCCCACUGCCCGGGUGUUCAUGAAGUCUGUGAAGCUGGAGUGGGUGCUGGGGAACAUCGCAGCGGCCCAGGAGCUGUGUGAAGAGGCCCUGAAGCACUACGAGGACUUCCCCAAGCUGUGGAUGAUGAAGGGGCAGAUUGAGGAGCAGGAGGAGCUGAUGGAGAAGGCUCGGGAAGCCUACAACCAGGGGUUGAAGAAAUGUCCCCACUCCACCCCUCUGUGGCUUUUGCUUUCUCGGCUGGAGGAGAAGGUUGGGCAGCUGACCCGAGCUCGGGCCAUUUUGGAGAAGUCUCGCCUGAAGAACCCGAAGAACCCUGGCCUGUGGUUGGAGUCUGUCAGGCUGGAGUACCGUGCAGGGCUGAAGAACAUUGCCAACACGCUCAUGGCCAAGGCGCUGCAGGAGUGCCCCAACUCCGGUGUCCUGUGGUCUGAAGCCAUCUUCCUUGAGGCAAGGCCCCAGAGGAAGACCAAGAGCGUCGAUGCCCUGAAGAAGUGUGAGCAUGACCCCCAUGUCCUCCUGGCUGUGGCCAAGCUGUUCUGGAGUGAGCGGAAGAUCACCAAGGCCAGGGAGUGGUUCCACCGCACGGUCAAGAUUGACUCGGACCUGGGGGACGCCUGGGCCUUCUUCUACAAGUUUGAGCUGCAGCAUGGCACAGAGGAGCAGCGGGAGGAGGUGAGGAGGCGCUGUGAGAACGCCGAACCCCGGCACGGGGAGCUGUGGUGUGCUGUGUCCAAGGACAUCGCCAACUGGCAGAGGAAGAUUGGGGAGAUCCUUGUGCUGGUGGCGGCCCAUAUCAAGAACACCUUCUGAUCGUCCAGUCCGUGCAGGGCGCGGCCCUUGGGGCAGCACGUGGAGGAGUGCGUGAUAGCAAGGAGCGGGGUGGAAGGGGUCCUGAGUUGUCCAGCCUGCUCUUUAAUUAAAAGUUUUCCAGGUCGCGUGUCCGGGUUGGUGCCCUGCUGGUUUUCUCCGCGCCCUUGCCCCACCAGGAGCAG